UCUACGUGUCACGAUGCUAAGAGGCGCUACCUGGAGUUGACCAACGGGAUCUUUCUGAACGAGGUCAUGAGGCUCAUGUGAGUCUUGGUUCUCCCGCGCGUGAAUUCGUGCCGAGCUUAAAGGGAGCGCCGAGUAAGUAAAGAUGCACGGGGAACGCGGAGCGACGUUUGCGCCGCUUGAACGGUGUCAUUAACACCCCGCAGUAACGGGCUGACGUUGCACCUACUGGUUCGGCAGCGCAGCGAAGGUGGCAGUGAUCCCAGUCCAAAGGUGGAACAGAUAUAUCAGACUGAGAAUAACGAUGAGGUUGUGAGGGUCCGAAACUUCUCCAUUCUGAACCGACACCUGCGGUCCUGCUAUGAGGAGAGCCUUCAGCAGUUAAUUCUCAUGCCUCUGCCGAAUGUUGCAGUUUUGGGAAGAGACCCUUUCACAGAGGCAGCUAUGGAGGAGCUGAGAAGGCUUCUGCUGCUCAUGCUGGGUUGUGCUGUGCAGUGUGAGAGGAGAGAGGAGUUCAUACAGAGAAUACAAUCCCUGGAUAUUAAGACUCAGGCUGGCAUUGCCACCUGCAUUCAAGAGGUCACUCAGAACCCGAGUGCUGUCCUGCCACUCCAGUGGGGAGAGCUAUGCGCACUGGGGGGGAACGAGCUCCAGGGUGUCUUCAACUCCAUGGCACAGCAUAUCCAGGGUCUACUGGCGCAGAGAGACACGCACUUGGAGAGGAUAGCGGAGCUCUGUCAGGAGCAUGAGUCGCUGCAGGGGACAGGCCAUUCAGGGUCCCAGAGCAGCCACCCUGAUGCCCCCCCGCAGAGCCUGGCCCUACAGCUAACAGACAGCCGGGCCAAGCUGCGAAGGCUACGCCAGGAGCUAGAAGACAAAUGCGACCAGUUAUUGGAUUACAAGCAGGAAGUGCAAGCAAUGGAGGCAGAGCUAAAAAAAAUGCGUCAGGAGAACCGGGCCCUACAGGGAGACAUGCGGAUGGCACGGGGCUUGCGAGAUGAGCUCGACUGCCUGCGAGAUCGUGCAGCCAAGGUUGACAGGCUUCAAUCGGAGCUGCAGAACUGCACCCACCGUCUGCGCAACCUAGAUCUCUACCGCACUCAACUGCAGGAGCAGCAGCAGCACUGCGCCAUGCUGCAGGAGACACGCGCCCUUCUGGAGGAGCAGUUGGCAGAGGCGCGGGCACGCUGCUCGAGCCUCAGGGAGCUGGAGAAGGACAACCUGUUGCUGCGACAGCAGCUCAUCAACCUGGAGGCGGAGCGAGACACGGAGAGGCAGAGGGUCGAUGAGCUGCUGGAGAUGAACAUGCGGCUGGAGGCGGAACUGAAGCAGCACUUGGGCCAGGCACGAAGAGCGCACCAAGUGGCCCUGGAAUCUGAUGAGGAGCUUGGCCAGGAGGCAGUGCUCCCCUCGCCCCCUCUCGCCUCCUUGGACCUGAAGCCCCUGAGCGUGGAAGUGAGUGAGGCGUCGUCAUGGAGACUGCUGGGGGCUGAGAAUGAGAACAUGGAGCUGCGCAGGCGGCUGGAGCAGCUGCAGGCCGAGCGAGAGGCCUGCGUGGAUGUAGCUGACUCCAUGCGGGUGAACGCGGCGGAAUUGGUGGAAGUGAAGGAAAAGCUGAAACAGGAGUUGGAGCAAGAGACAGAGAGACGCACUGCCCUGGAGAAAAAGCACCAGGAUUUAAUGCGAGAGUUUCAGAACCUGAAGAAUGAAAACUUGAGCUUAAGGAACAGCUUGGAAUCGCUGAAGGUGGAAGGCCAAGAUGUGUCCCACCAGAUGGAAUUGGGGGGAAAGGGCUCCACAUUGAAGGAACAUUGGAGAGAGGAGGGUGAGGGGAGGAGGGAGGCAGAGGGACAUUGGAAUGGGAAAGGAGACCUGGAAACGUCGCGAGAGACAGAGACUGGAAGUAUUGGUACGAAGAGAGAAGAUGGUGAGGGAGAAGAAAUAUUCAACCUUAAAGAUGGAAAGGUUAAGAGCUCUGACAAUGUUAAAAAGAUAGAAUCCAAGUUGACUGUAAAGCACAGUGGAAAUGGCAAAGGAAAAGGGGGUACUGACAGGACCAAUGCAGCAGAAGGGACAACAGAAGAGGAGGCACCAGAGCUGUUUAAACUGAGAGAGAACAGAGAAAAACGAAGGGAAGAGGAGAUGCUCGCACCAAGGGAAGAGACUGAGGGAGAGGAGAAAGGCUCCAGCCUUGACAGCUCCCCUCUGGCCCUACAGUUGCAUCAGGCCCUCCUGGAGGUAGAGCAGAAAAGCCAGGAGGUUGAAAAGCAGGCCAGCCUGGCCCAGGAGCUGCGUUCCCAGCUUGCGGAGCAGAUCCGCAGGGCCAUGGGGGCUGAGCAGAGACUGAGUGUGCUGGAGGCAGAGGCCCUGAGGCUGAGAAUGGCAGCAGAGAGCCUGGCCCAGGCCAGAAAACAGAUUGAGGCUCUGCAGACAGAGUCUCUUCAGAUGGAGGAGGAGCUAACCCGACUGCGCAGUCAGGUGGAGCUGCAGAGACUGGAUGGGGCCGUGAUGGCACAGCUCCAGGGGGAACGAGCACAGCUGGAAAGGGAGCGGGACACCCUGCGUGGCUCAGUUGACUCACUCCGUGCUAUUGCCCGCAAGGGUGAUCAGCUGGAGCUGACCAACCAAACCCUAAAGAUAGAGUUGGAGAGACUUGGGCGAAACCUGGAUUUGGCACGACGACGGGAGGAGGAGCUUCAGGUGGAGCUCCAAGAGGCGGCACAAGAGGCAGAGGGUCUGGCACGAGGGCGGGACGCAUCACUGCUAGAGGUCUCGCGCUUGGAACAAGAGAAGGAGGUGUGCCAGAACCAGCUAGAUGACCUGAGGCGGGAGCAGAGGCAGAGGGAGAGGGAGCUGACACGGCUGAGACACCAGCUGGAAAGCACAGCUUCUGCCCUGGAGCACAGCAACCAGCGGGCCUGCAGCCUGGAAGUGGAGCACAGACGUGUGUGCCAGGAGGUGGCUCAGCUGAAGGAAGACAAUGCCCAAAUGAGGGAACUAGAGGAGGAAAACCGGAAACUGGUUGCACUUAAUAAGGAGGACCAGGCUCGCAUCAGUUCCCUCAGCCAGGAAUUGGCCAGUGAAAAGUUACAUUCCCGGGAGCGAGCCAGUCAACUGACCAGCGAGAAGAUCCAGCUACAAGAACAGCUGAAUCAGAUGACUAAUGAGAAGGUGCAGUCUCAGGAGCGGGUCAGUCAACUAGCCUCUCAGUUGGCCAGCGAGGAGUUGCAGUCACAGGAACUGCUCAGUCAGCUAGAAAGGCUGCACAAGGAGCACAAGAGGCUGGAGGCCUCCCUUUCAACCCAUCACACAGAUGGAUCAGAAGGCAACACUAAGACUCCAGUAACACCAGAUGAAGCUCUUGUCCAAAACUCCAUAGCAGACAGCGAUUCUUGUCUGAAAGCAGAACCUUGGCUCCAUGCUAAAAGUUCACUGCUUCUUGAAGCCCUAAAUGCUGAGCAGUGCCAGCUCUCUGAAAGGCUCAGGCCUGGAGGUUCUUCUCCUAGGCAUGAAGACAAAGUCUUUGCCCAGGAAAAAGUUACAUCCCAGGAAAAUGCUGCUGCAUCAUCCGAGAAUUCAGAAAGAGGGGAGCCACUGAGCAUGAGAUUGAUCGAGGUGGAGAGACAGAAUGCAGCCCUGCAAGUGGAGAAGAAUGUGCUGCUCUCUCAGCUAUCGCAGUCGCAGUCGGUCUGCACACACCUGCAGGAGCAGCUGGACAGUUUGAAUCGACAAUUCAUUGUCCUGCAGGAGAACUGCGCAAACCUGCAGGCACUCAACACCAAGCUGCAGACAGAGCAGGUAUCCCUGAGCUCCCAGCAUGCAACACUGUGGUCCCGCUGUAGCGAGAGUGAGGCCAGGGUGGCAGCCCUAGAGGCAGAAUCUAAGGUCUGGGCGAAGGACCGGGAGGAGGUGAUGAUGCGGGGUGAGGGGUUGCGGCGCGAUCAUGAGCGGCUGACCACCCUGCAGCAGCGGCAGGAGGCUGAGCUCGAAACCCUCCUCUCUAAACAUAGCCAGCUGAAAGCCACCCACCGAAACCUGGAGUCUCAGCACCGGGAGCUGGAAGGAAGGUACAAAGAGCUGCUGGACUGUAGGACCCUUCUUGAGGAAAGAGAAGAAGUUAUUAAAAUGGAGAGAGAGAAGAUGGAAAGAGAGGCACAGAUGCAGGCUGACAGAGUGAGAGAAGUACAGAGGCUGAGAGAUGAGAAUGAGAGGCUACAUACCCAGUUGAAGGAGUCUGCACAGAUGCAGACGGAUCUCUUGGCCCAAGGCUCGGUUCUGCGGGGAGAACUCAGUGCCGCCCAGCUGGAGCGCACCCGGCUGGAAGGAGAGCUGAGCAUGCUGAGGGAACAGAGUCAACAGCUGGAGCUCAACUAUGCCCGUCUCUCUAGCCAGUACCAGCUGCUAACUCAGCUGAAAGGCAACAUGGAGGAAGAGACCCGGCACCUCGUGGAGCAAAAUCAGAAUCUGGCGAGGGAGAACCGGGCCCUGCUGGAACGCAACCUAGAGAGCCGUGACCAGCACCACCAGCAGCAAAGGGAGUUCACAGACAAGCUGAAUGAGCUACGCAGAGAAAAACAGAAACUGGUGGAGAAAAUAAUGGAUCAGUACCGAAUCCUGGAGCCCACCAUGCCGAUGCCCAGCAAAGCCAAGAAGAGCAACUGGAUCGCCGACAGGAUGAAGAAACUGAUAAAGCCUCGCGCUGGGAAGGAGGGCAGGGAGGGACGAGCUCACUUCAUUGCAUCCGGGAGCAUUGAGAACUUGAGUGAAAUCAAUGAGUCUGCACCAGCUCCAUCCACAUUGCAGGACCCCCUGAGUGCACCUGUCUCGCCUUCCCCCCUCCGCAGAGCCGGCAGCAGUGAUGCCGAAGAGCGGGUUGUGGUGCGUUCAGCCCGACGCAAACUGGGCUCUCGACACGGUUGGGGCCUGGGAAGAGGCAGAGGAAACGUUGUGUCGCAGUCAUUUAGCCCCGGGGAUCACCACCCCUCCCCCCGUGAGCGAUUCCGCUCGCAUGGUGUGUCCGCGGCAGUUUGGGAGGAAGACGGUAGCCCCACGCCCAGCCAAGAGAGCCUGACUGAGGAAGGGAAAGCUGAGAGUGAGGACAGUAUCACAACAGAUCUGAACUCUGACACUCGCUCCCAGUCUUCUGUUGCUGAAGAUAGUCCCUGCAGUGAUGACAAACCCCAGGAAACGAAAAACCAGCAAUCCACAUGACAAAAGACCCUCACAGUAUUAUUUAAAUUAAAUUUAGCAGAGAUCAUACUUCUCAGAUUGUGCCCAUCUAAAUCUCCUUAUAUGCACUGAACACUUGUAAACAGUUUACCAUUUUUUUGCAUUUACUUAUCAAAGAUAGCUCAUGCAAAGAAUAAAAUUUGAUUACCUAAAAUAUUUAUUUUGCACAUUGUUCAUCAGUUAGCAGUCUUGCUGGAGUGUGCAUGCUGAGAUGUGUAAAUUUUGUGCUAAACUAUGGAGAACUCCACUUGCUAUUUUGAGUGUUGCAAAGAAACAAUGUGUGAAGUUUUAAAGAUUUUAAAUUAAAAUUUCGUAUGGGC